AUGAUGCUGAGAAUGGCGAUACUCACCGACGAUGCCGGCGAAACGUUUGGAAUGCACCACGGCCACGGUUCGACUUUGGAAAUGAUCAUGCAGACAAUGGACUCCGGAAUAGAGUGUCACUCCUCUGGCGAUUUGGUUCCUACCAAACAUAUGACUCCCGUCACUCUCAUGACGCAUCCGCUUUACCAGCAGCAACAUAAUAUAGAAGAGAGAUCACAUGGGGUUGAUAGGCAUUGUCAGCAAUCUAGCCACAAAACAACUUCACACAAUCUGCAAUGGGAAAACCAGCACAGCAUUGAAACUCAACAGCACUGUGCAUAUCCUCAGCAAGAGGCUCAACAACAAAGUGUACAGGUCGGUCAAUAUCUUCAGGCCUAUCAGCAUCAAAAGAAGCAGAAUCAGGCAGACGAACAGUCGUUUGGAAAGCAAAAAGGGUAUAAUCCUCGAAAACUGCAGCAAUGCAGCACUGACAGCGGCAGGAACUAUCAACACGAUCAGCACGAUCAGCGUGAUCAGCAGGAACUGAAGAAUGAGUGCCGAGUCCAGCUGGAGGAGCAUUUUCGAAUGUCAUUUAACAAAGAAAAACAGGAGCAACAUCGGCUUCAUCGUGCAUGCCAAAAGCCUGAUGAGAAGCAAAAACUAUAUGAUCAACACCAGGUCGCUGAGGGAUCAACUCUUAAAUGUCACCAGCCAAACCAAAAUUAUAUACCCUGCUCGAAUUAUAAAGGUAUUAACUCAAGAUACCUCGAUGUUUGCGACUACUGUCAGAGUCCCGACUGGAGACCCGAUGCUUCAGAAGAUUCGCAUUCCACCCGUCGACUCGAAGAAUGCACCACUUCGAGGUUACUAGAAUAUGAGCGCAGCAGAUUAAUGCCAGCCCCACAUGAUCAGACUGAGCAAGACAUGGUCCACGCUCUGUCUUGGAGUGACAUUUCUGGCCAGCCAAAUUGCAAGUUGCUGGCUAAAACCCAGUCUGCUGCAGUGUUGGUUGCGGAAGAUGUGGAAAAUGACGAAAAACGCUUUGGCCCUGGCCAAAAGCAACUGGCCUCUCUUAUUCUGGCUGAAGAAGAAGUGAUGAAUAACUGCGAUUAUGUUGUCAGGACCAUUGAUCAGACCUCUCCAGGUUCGUCAAAGUGUCACAUCUUCCACCAGAACGAUCAGAUUGUAGACCCGUGUUCUGGGCAGCCCUGGGACUGGCGAGUGAAGUCUGCUAAUCCGGGGACUUCAAUCGCCUCAGAUUCCUCAUUCUCAGCUACUCUACCGUUUGAGGCUCCGGUAUUUUACCACACACAACCCGGUGGGAGCGAUAUCUGCAGGUGCAGUCAAUCGCAGUUCCGGGACGGUCGCAAAGGUUCGCAGCUGCCCCUGAAGGAUAGUUUGCAGCAAACUGAGGAGUCCUGUUCUGACGAAGUCCAUGAAAUGAAAGAGAGACCUUCAAAGGCCAGAAUGAUAUACAGAAAUCGUGCCAUUUGCAAUUUGGGCUCUUCUUUGAAGCCGUCCAGCCAUCUACCGAUGCCUGCUGCCGCAUCUUCAAGGCAUCAAGCAGCCCAUCAAAACUGUCAUAGUCAAUACAUACAGGACUGUCAACCGGCAGAGCCCAAACAAGACAACGCCCAUGAACCAGUUAUUCUGCUAUUAACUUCCAACCUAAGUUCUGAGUCGACCGAUUCAAGCUUGCCAAGCACGAAUUCGAUCAGGACUACUGCUGCCAUGGCCUGUGCUCAGGCUGCAGGGUUAUCCUGCCACGGAGUAUCCAGUUGGAGGCCUAGUCAGGUAGCCAAGUGGCUGCGAUUCGCAGGAAUGGAUCAUUUAACCGGACCUGUUCUUUCCAGACAGAUCACUGGUAGCAAACUGGUCAGACUGCACAGACGCGAUCUGCAGGUGUGUCCUUAUGCACUCUAG